UUUCGGACGCCAUUUCUUCUGCACCGGAAGACCUUACUUAAUGUAACACCACACUCUUUUCCGGUCUCUAUCGUGUCAGCUUCAGGAGGAAGAUGACGAAAGGAACGUCAUCCUUCGGAAAGCGUCGCAAUAAGACGCACACGCUGUGCCGUCGGUGCGGCUCCAAGGCGUACCAUCUUCAGAAGUCAACCUGUGGCAAGUGUGGAUACCCCUCCAAGCGCAAGAGAAAGUACAACUGGAGUGCCAAGGCGAAGAGGCGCAGCACCACUGGAACAGGGCGCAUGAGACACCUGAAGGUUGUGUACCGCAGAUUCAGAAAUGGAUUCCGUGAAGGAACGACCCCCAAGCCAAAAAGAGCAGCAGUGGCUGCCUCAAGCUCUUCUUAGACUGGCUUUCAAAUAAAUGUGCGACAAAAAGUUCACUUGGUGUACGUAAUUGGUUUUUAAAGUGUUAUGGAAAUCUGAGAACAUCCUACAGGGGAGGAAUAAACCUGAUGCAAAUUCUGUGACAUGCAACCAGGCAGCAGUGUACAUUCCUCGAUUGUUUCAUUUAUGCACAAAAUAAAGCCCUCCGUUUUACA